GGGGUAGUUCGGUUCAUUGCCCACACGUUUUUGCCUUCCACCACUACCUCUGUAGAACUUGACCAUCCUAUCCCUCCGAUUCUUUGGGUGAAACAUCAGGAAAUUGAAUUGUUCUUCUACUUAUAAGAACAGUUUUUUUGGCUUUCAGCCUGUAGUCAACUGUCCUCGGGAUCCACCUUUUGCCUGACAGAAUCCAUCACAUUUUUUGCUUUCUCUCUCUCUCUCUCUCUCUCCCUCUCUUCCUUUAGUUUUCAUUUAAUUAAUACGGGUCAAGAGUGCUGAACACUUCAUACUCACUGUUUCCCUCACUGUUGACAUUCGUUCUCGCAGUGUAACUUCGUACAGUCUCUUACUCGCAUCUGCAUCUAUUUAAGGAAGGGGAUAUUAGUCAUGUCUAAUGAAAAAGAAACCUUAGAGGCUCCAGCAAAGGCUGAAGAGAGCCUGUUGGAAAACGAGUUUGCUCCCAUUCUCGAUCCUUCAUAUAAACGCGUCUCCAGAAAUCCCGUUCCUGGAAAGCUUUUUCAGGUAGAAGACGAACCUUCGUACUACUAUGUUGUUACGACUUAUUUCACUUAUCUUACUCUGAUUAUCAUUGGUCAUGUUCGUGAUUUCUUCGGAAAACGCUUUCACCGUGACGAAUAUGCUUAUCUGCGUGAUGACGACGGUUAUGCUCCUCUGUAUGAUGAUUUCGACAACUUUUACAUCCGUCGCUUGCAACGUCGUAUCAACGACUGCUUCAGUUUUCUCAUUCGCGGUGUUCCCGGUAGAACGUUGACGAUUCUGGAUCGUUAUUCAGAGGACAACAACCAAACGUUCAAGCUCACUGGUGGUACCACAGUUGCUCUUAAUGUUUCUUCCUAUAAUUAUCUUGGUUUCGCUCAAAGUCAUGGCCCUUGUGCCGCAGCUGUGGAGGCUUGCAUGAAGGAUGCCGGUGUUGCUACUUGCAGCACAAACACUGUCGCCGGAAGUUUCAAGAUUCAUAGAGAAGUCGAGGAAUUGGUUGCUACGUUUGUCGGAAAGCCCGAGUGUGCCAUUUACUCCCAAGGUUUCGGUACUAAUGCUACUAUUUUUUCUGCUUUAAUGGGUCCUGGCUCCUUGAUUAUUUCCGAUGAGUUGAAUCAUGCCUCCACCCGUUUCGGUUCCCGUCUUUCUGGUGCUAAUAUUCGCGUUUUCAAGCAUAACAACGCCAAGGAUUUGGAGAGAGUUUUGCGUGAAGCUAUUGCUCAAGGUCAGCCUCGCACGCAUCGUCCCUACACUAAGAUUCUGGUUGUUAUCGAAGGUCUGUAUUCCAUGGAGGGUAACUUUGCCGAUCUUCCCAGCAUUGUUGCACUGAAAAAGCGCUACAAGUUUUAUCUUUACAUUGACGAGGCACACUCCAUUGGCGCUGUCGGACCUAAUGGCCGUGGUGUUUGCGACUACUUUGGUGUUUCUACAAAUGAUAUUGACAUUCUUAUGGGUACUUUUACCAAGUCUUUUGGUGCUGCUGGUGGUUAUGUUGCAGCUAGCAAGGAAAUCAUCGAUAAGCUCCGUGUCACCAAUGCCAGUUAUGUUUUGGCCGAGUCAAUGAGUCCUGCUGUGCUUACGCAAAUCAAGACCAGUUUGUUAGAAAUUAUGGAUACCUCUGGUGUUUCUGAUGGUUUGGAACGUAUUGAACGUUUGGCUUUCAACAGUCGUUACUUCCGUCUUGGUUUGAAGCGUUUGGGCUUUAUCAUCUUUGGAAAUGACGACAGUCCUAUUGUACCUUUGCUGAUCUACAACCCCGGUAAAAUUAAUGCUUUCGCUCAUGAGAUGCAAAAGCGUAGCGUGGCCGUCGUGGUCGUUGGUUACCCAGCUUGUCCCCUGUUGACCUCUCGUAUCCGUUUCUGUCUUUCGUCGGCACACAACAAGGCUGACCUUGACUACAUGCUCCGUGCUUGCGACGAAGUUGGUGACCUUUUGCAACUCAAGUUUUCGUCGGGUGUUGCUGGCGAGGACGCUGGUCGUACCAACAUUGAAAAGAUGACAAACCACCACCAUAUCAAGCCUCCUCGUUGGAGAAUCGAAGAUGUCUUGAAGCAUAAUGUACAUGAUACACUUACUCAAUGAUUUAUUUUCGACUACUAUUCAUCAAACCAAGCACAAGCGUGUUAAGAGAAAAAUAGGACAAUGGGCAACAAGCAUGUAUUCGUUUAUACAAAUAUAUUUGGAUUCAUUUUCAAUUACACCCCGUCGAAUGGAACGUGGCGUGCUGGCUGUGAUGGGCAAAACCUUUCCUCUGGCUCCGCGAGGUAUAAAGUUAAUUUUAUGAAGGAAUUCGUACUACGAGCACCACGCCAUCCCCGCGAAGGAACAUCUUGCUAAUGAAUCUGUCUCUGUUGAUGGGUUUUCCCUUUUUUCCAGAACUCGUCUUGCGUCUUUCUGUCCACAUCUAUAACGAGUUGCGUUAGCAUUGAAACAUAUCCCUUUUUUUCAUGUGCAUCGACAACAAACGACGAUAAAUAUGCGUGAGCCAAAUCGCGACAUCAGCACAUUUCGUUGUAGUUGAUCUUGGGUAAACGUACCUCCUUCACGUUUUCCAGCACCAUGUUGGAAUGGCGGUCAAAAGCUUUUACUCUGGCCAAUAGUUUUUUGUUAUUCCGGCAAUUGAUAAGGACUUGGUCAUGAUUCUUCACGGCUUUCAUAUGGUUUAGCUUAUGAGGGGAAAAUGGAAGAGUAAUGUCUUGAACCUGCAAUCACUUACCUUGUUGGAGAACACUCAACGGACCCGACGAAAACUCGUACUCCUCUAAGCGUGCGAGUUCCGCUUCAGUGAGUUCACCCUUUGGUUUAUUAACAAGGUCACUUCAUAGUUUCUGUUAGAAGAGCACAAAUACCGUUUAAACAUACGCCAUAG